UUAACCACUGUAUCAACCACUCUCUCUCUCUCUCUCUCUCUCUCUCUCUCUCUAUUCAACCAUCUGUAUCACUCUGUCCCUCGCUCCUUCUCUGUCUCUCUCAAACUAACAAAAGGCCAAAGCUAUCUGCUGUGAAGAAGAUGAGCUAUUAUAUAUAUAACGGCACCAUGGGCAGUGAAGGAUAUUGAGAUUCUUGCAUAAUAUGCGUCUAACAUAUAUAUUGGUUGGAAAAGCAAUGGAAAACAGUACUAACAGGGGAAGGUUUCUAUGUUUGCUGCUAGUAUGUUGUUCAUGGCUACUCUUAGCUACAUCAACUCCGACCAAGAGGUCGAUCUACAUUGUUCAUAUGGACAAGUCCCUCAUGCCCAAGCCUUUCUCUUCCCAUCUCCACUGGUACUCUUCCAUCAUUGAUUCCUUAGUAAAUUCUAGAGGCCCUGCUUCACCCACUGAAACACUAGUUCCUCAUUCCAAUCCAAGCCUUGUCUACACUUAUGAUAACGCAUUCCAUGGCUUCAGUGCUCUUCUCUCGGAGGAAGAACUGGAGAAGCUAAAGAAUUCCCCGGGAUUCAUCUCAUCUUACAUGGACAGCCAAGCGGAGCUUGACACCACUCACACCUUCGAAUUUCUCUCCCUAAAUCCUACCACCGGACUGUGGCCGGCGUCCGACUACGGGAGAGAUGUCAUCGUCGGCGUAAUCGACACCGGGGUGUGGCCGGAGAGCGACAGCUUCAAGGACCAUGGGAUGACCCGAAAUAUUCCAAAGAAGUGGAAAGGCGUGUGCCAGGAAGGGCAAGAAUUCAACUCUUCGCUGUGUAAUUUAAAGCUUAUCGGAGCAAGAUACUUCAACAAGGGCGUAAUUGCUGCAGAACCCAACGUUACAAUCCGUAUGAACUCGGCGAGGGACAAUGACGGUCAUGGCACGCACACUGCUUCAACUGUGGCCGGAAACUACGUCCGUGGAGCCUCAUUCUUCGGCUAUGGUUUGGGAACCGCAAGGGGGAUGGCGCCACGAGCCAGGCUAGCCGUUUACAAGGUUAGCUGGAACGAAGGACGCUAUGCUUCGGAUGUGCUUGCCGGUAUGGACCAGGCCGUGGCGGAUGGCGUUGACGUGAUGUCCAUUUCUAUGGGUUUCAGAGGAAUUCCUCUUUACGAGGAUCCCAUUGCCAUAGCAUCAUUUGGAGCCAUGGAGAAGGGAGUGCUCGUUUGUGCCUCGGCAGGAAACCGUGGUCCAGACCUCGUUUCCCUGCACAAUGGCAUUCCAUGGGCCCUGACCGUUGCGGCAGGCUCCGUCGAUCGGUGGUUUGCCGGGACUGUGACGCUGGGAAAUGGCUUAACCAUCGAAGGAUGGACUCUGUUUCCAGCCAGAGCUUGGGUACAAGACCGGCCUCUCCUCUACAACAAAACUCUAUCCGCUUGCAAUUCGACAGAACAAUUGUCUGAAGCCCCAGAAUCGAUCAUCAUAUGUGACAACAUCGGGUUUUUUGACUCACAAAUUCGCUUAGUUUCCAUGUCAAAUAAGCCUGCAGCCAUCGUCAUCUCAAAUGACUCAGACGUAUUCCGUUCCAAGGAUUUCCCCUUCCCUGGAGUUGUAGUCAGAGUAAAGGACUCGGAUGAAUUAAUCAAAUACGCUGAAACUGCCACCGAACCAACAGCGACAAUCAAGUUUCAACAGACCUUUGUGGGGAUUAAGCGUGCACCCACCGUUGCUAGCUAUAGUUCAAGAGGCCCUGCACGGAGCAAUCCAAGUAUCUUGAAGCCGGAUGUGAUGGCCCCUGGCACUUUAAUUCUAGCCGCUACAUGCCCAGAAGCCUAUGCAACUUCAAUUGAUGGGAAUAUAUAUUUGUCCGCUGACUACACUCUGAACUGGGGCACAUCCAUGGCUUGCCCUCACGCUUCCGGUAUCGCGGCGAUGCUCAAAGGGGCGCACCCUGGAUGGAGCCCCGCCGCCAUUCGAUCGGCCAUGGUGACCACGGCAAACCCAUUUGACAAUACUGGUAAUCCAAUCCUAGAUGUUUACUUUGGGUUUGAAGCUGCUUCUCCACUGGCUAUGGGAGCUGGGCAAGUUGAUCCCAACAAGGCGCUUGAUCCCGGCCUUGUAUACGAUGCUACUCCUCAGGACUAUGUGAAUCAUCUCUGCUCCAUGAACUUCACUGCCAACCAGAUCUUCACCAUAACCAGAUCAAGCAAUCACAGCUGCGCCAAGGCUUCCUUCGAUUUGAAUUACCCUUCGUUCAUUGCUUUAUACAAGAACAGGAGGACUAAGGUUGACACGUUUCGGAGGACCGUCACGAAUGUUGGAGUCGGCGCGACGGUUUACAGGGCGGUAGUGCAAGCGCCCAGAGGUUCUGAAGUCACGGUGUCGCCGGAAAAAUUGGUGUUCAACAAGAGAUACGAGAAGCAAAGCUAUUCAUUGAGGAUACAAUAUAAGGGUGACGAGAAGGGAUCGGUAACACAUGGCUCGUUGGUUUGGAUUGAAGAGAAUGGGAAGCACACCGUGAGGAGUCCCAUUGUUGUGUGGUGGUGGAUGACCGACUUUUACUGAAUCUUGGACACAGAAUGGCAUCUCCACGGAAUACAAGAUUUAUUAGUCCCGUCGUUAAGAUCUUUUAUUGUCUGAAAACCGAAGGAAAUAAAGCUUUGGCUAUUGGCUCUUGUGAUGGUUCAUAUCAAACAUCUCUUUUUUUUUUCUUUUCUAUUUUUUAUGAUCCAAGUGUUUGAUUUUUGUCUGAAUAAUAUAUUCUAGGAAAAUUGAUCUUCCCCGUGAAUCCCACCUUUACAU